UGUAUCCUUGUUUUAUCAAAGUAAGGAAGUUAAAUAACAACCUUGUGUUUCCGCACCCUUUUGUAAGAGAAAGGGGGGCUAGCUAAUGUAAGAACUGCUGGAUAAGAACUGUUAAUUCUAGAACGAGGAAGACAACACAUCAAGAGAGGUUUCAGUUGCAGCUUUUUCUCAGUUUGACUUGCAUAGCCAGACUUGUGGACAACAGUAAAGGAAACGUCUUUUUGGGGCUCAUUUGAAGUCAGUUAAUUGAAUUAGGGAGUGAAGAGAGAGACAUGGAGGCUGUUUUUGGAUUGUUGGUGAUGAUAGCAGGAGUGUCUCAUGGCAUGUUGACCUCCUCCUGUGAUGCUAGGGAGGAUGGAUGUCAGUGUUAUGGAGCUCUGGGAGGAACUGUCUAUCUCCAGCUGACUGAUACCACAGUAUCUGAACUCACAUUUAAAAAAGAUCCCACUGGUGUAACUACAGAGAUACUCCGAAUGAGAAGAAACAAAAUGAUAAUCGCUGACUCCAUUAAAGCUAGAUCAGAGUUCUUCAUGAACAACAGGACAUUUAGGAUAUCUAACACAGAAAGGACGGAUUCUGAUGAAUACCUCUUAGAAACGUUUCAUUCUAAUGGAAGUUCAUUGGCCACCAGGAGACUACACCUGUUCAUUGAAGGGCUCAUAUAUGUUAACUGUACCUUAUCCACCGGGACAAAGAUAUCAGGGUGGGUGAAUGCCACUGACGAUCCCCAGCGUGUUGAGGCUACAACUGCCAAUACAGUCAAAAAUGAUAUCAACAAUCCAACCGUAAACCAGUUCCACUGUCAAGUAACCGCUGGUGCUAUUGGAUCUGGGUUCAAUGUGUUUGUUUAUUUCCAACUUGCUGAAGUCUUCAUUCUGAUGGCAAUCUGUCUGGGAUCAUACUGUUUCUACAAGAAGAAAACUUGUCCUCAAGAACAAGAUGAUGGUCAGUAAGCAGAGGAAUAUGAAGACUCUCAGGUGGAUCAUGGUGGGACUCAGAGGAGGGUGUUGAUGUCCUAAGAGUUGCUAUGGGUAUCAACCAGGCUUUGAGAUUACCUUAUGAAAUAAUGACUAACGAUGAUAUAAUACUGCUUAUCACUCUUUUAAUCUUGAAACUCAAAGCACAGUAAUGUAUUUAAACCCAAAAAAUGGCAUUCUAUUCUUUUGACAUUUAUUUUCUUAUUUUCAUAAUGUUCCUUAAGACCUGCCCUUAACAACAUGACUAGUGAAUGAUCUAUGUGAUGAUGUUUAUUUCAUGGAUUUUAACUCUUGAAUUGUUGUGUUUUAGUGCUUUUUAUUUUGUUCAUACUGUUACAUAAACCAAUUAAAAAGUUCUUUAAAAAAAAUACAUUUUCUUUCAUAUUAUAAUGCUACCUUCUUAAACACAAACAAAUUAUUAUUUUACCAAUAGCAUACAUGACAUUUAUUUAUUAGACUGUUAGCAUGUUGACAUCUGAAAGACUCAUCAUUGGCUCGAAGGGGGUCCCUCUAGGCUUUUCUAGUGUUAAGUAUCAUUUAAAAUGUUAAAGGAGUGUAGAUUACAGUGUAUUGAUUGCAUUGCAGGGUUGUGAUAUACAGUAACAGAAAUGUUCGAGAGUUGAAAUAAACUGGAAUAGAGAGAAAAUAUAAGUACCUUCUAUACUUGUGCUUUUCUAUUACCAAUUUCUAUGUUC